AUGUUUUUUGCUUUCAUAAGUUUUUCGCUUUCAACAAUCUAUUUUUGGGAGCCUUUUGACAGCAAAGAUUGGGAAAAGCAUUGGGUUAAAGGCCCAAAGCCGAAAACAGGCAAACCACUCGGCCGUUUCCAAAUUAGCUCCGGAUCAUAUACAGUAAACAGAAGAUUGCAGCGAGGUUUAAUGGCUGUUGAUGAUGAUCGUCAGUAUAUCAUCAGCUCCAAGUUUAAUCAGCCAUUUAAUACAUCAGGAAAAGAUUUAAUUUUCCAAUUUAACGUCAAAAGUGAAACAAAGAUCGAACUUGGUGCUACCAAAAUGAAAUUAUUUGGAGAGCGCUUCAGACAAAACACAUUCUCGUCAAAAAGCUCAUAUGAAAUCCUAUUUGGCCCAGAUUUUAACGACUGGGAUCGUUAUCACCUCGAGACUAUCAUUGUUCGCAACCGUACUGAGUAUGUUUCGACCAAACCAGUCCUUGCUUUCAGAGAUCAGCUCACACAUUGCUAUACUCUUGUUAUUUUUGCAAACCAGACAUACCAGAUCAGAAAGGACAACUUUGUCGAUAUAGAGAACAAGCUUGAAGACGAUUUCAACUACUGCAACCCAGCUAAAAUCGCAGAUCCAUUUGAUCAAAAGCCAGAAGACUGGGAAAACCAUGCCGAAAUGGAUGACCCAGAUGAUAUGCCACCAGAUACUUACAAAGACGUUCCACGUUUCAUUCCAGAUAUGUCUGUAAAGAAACCAGCUGAUUGGGAUGAAAGAAAGAACGGAAAAUGGGUACAACCAUUAAUCCCCAACCCAGAGUUUGUAUCAGAAUGGAAGCCACGUAGAAUAAAGAACCCAGCUUUCAGAGGAGAUUGGAAAGCCAGAGAAAUUGACAACCCAGAUUACAAUCCAGACCCAGGAUUCGGCAAGCCACAGAACUUGAUGUAUGUUGGCAUUGACGUAACCAUCGAUAAGGCUCCAACAAUUUGGGAUAAUAUUUUAGUUACAGAUGAUCUCGCAGAACAAGAAAAGAAAGUUGAGGAAUUCUUCUUCUCAUUCCAGGACGCUGAGAGAGCUGCUUAUCAGAAGGCUAACGUUGAUAAAAAAGUCGAUAGUUCAAAACAAAGAAACAAACUUCCUACAGAACUCUAA